CAAUAAUUAAUUUUCUGGGUAUGUCAUUAAUUAGACUGAAAAAUGUUCCUAACAUUAAACAAAAUGCUGCACGAAAGCUAAUUGAUCAUCAGGAUACUAAAUUUCACUUCUCAGGUAAUAAAAAGUGUAAUGCUCGGUCUUAUUGAUCACAUACAUCCCCAAUUAUAAAUAUUUUUUCGACCGAUUGAGCGAUAUUUAGAAGUCGUGCCGUCAGUUUGAAUGCAAUGUUUCAUAAUGUCUCCUUAAAAAUAUGCUAAUGGAAGAUAAAUACUAUAGAAUACUAUAGAACUGGCCAAACAGAGAUUAAAAACUUUUUUGAAUAAAGAAAAUCCCAAUCAAAUAACAACGUGUCAAACUACUCUUCCAAUUUUAUUGAUUCUAGCUGUAUUCAUUGCUUUGGUAAUUUCAGAUAAUAUGGACAGAAAAACAAAAAUUAUGUUGAAUGCACUCAAUAUAAAGGACAGGAGUUGCAUUGAUUUCCUGAAAGUUCCUAAAUAUGAACGACUUGGAACCACCCAGAACGAACAAGAUUUGUGCAUUCAAAGUAAGUUCUGAAUAAGUUUUUUCAUAAAUAAAACCGAGUUAUUGUAAGUAGCCGUUGACUGUACAGGGUUACUGAUUAGAAAUUGUGCACGUCUCUUUUUUCAUUGUUUGAAAUACAAAUUUACAUUUUUUACCAAUUGCAAGGAAAAUAGCGUAUUUUUAUAAAAAUAGCGGACAUAUAACAAGGUUUCGCAAGAGACUGGGAUACAACUAUGUUAGGUUUUUUUGUUUGAUUUCGUGACAGAUUUUACAUACUUUUUGGAACAUACUGUUGGUCUAUUUGAAUUCUUUUUGAAUUAAGGGCAUUUGAAAGGUGAUAUUUCUGGGCACUUUGAAUCCUCACAACGCCUGAACAGUUUGACUUCGAGCAGAAUAACAUCCGGUCUAGUUUUUGAUAAGCUUUCACCUAUAAUAAUGAGUGAAACAAAAGUAAUGAUACAUACUUCGUUUUAUGGCAUUUUUAUUUUGCUCUAACAAUAAGAUUGUUGAGGGGUUAUGAGGAUUUAGAGUACCAAAACUGUUAUUUAUCAAAUGUCGAUGAUUUAAAAACAAUUGAAGAUAGACCUGCGGUAUGCUUAAUGAUAAAUAUUUCAAAUUCCUCACAUAAUCCAAACAUUGUGUAAUAUAUAGGCAGUUCCAUUGAAAAAUUAUUACGGCCUUUUUGGGGAAUUCUGUAUAACACUUUUUCUAUCUUUACAAAAAUACAUUGUUUACUUUUAAAAACUACGGUACAUAAUUUACUUCUGUGUCUCAAGAAAUUUUAGUGAGGUCAAAUUAUUCAUUGACAUUCAAGUUUGGAAAAUAACUGGAAGUAGUAAUUUAUGAAUUAUUUGCGAAACUUUGAUUUAAUCAAUAGCCCUAGAACUCUUUAAUUGAAAAGCAAAUUUUGUAAAUUGUUGAUUAAAAUUAUAUUAAAGAAUGAACAGAUAUAUUAAAGAAUGAACAAAUUGUUUUGGGCAAAUAGAUAAAGUCACUAAAACUUGGUUCAAGCAAUACUUUUGGCUGCAGAAAUAUCUUGGAUAGCCACUGCAUUGUCGGUACUGAAAAGACUUAAUUUAAAAAAAAUUAUAACAUUAAACAUUUUACUUCACAGGAUCCCAAGAACUAUUUGGGAACGUAACAAGUCAAACAAGAACACCUGCUAUAAAAAUUCAUACUCCAGCAUAUCCUCCACCGAAAAGGUGUAUAACACAAGACUACAGAAGGUUAAAAAAAAUCUCUUUGAAGAAGAAUACCUAUAAGUCCGCAAGAACACUUUAGAAACCUCCAGUCUGGUGGAAUAUCACCUACAAUUGAUGUAGUAUCUACUAGUGAUGAACAUUUUGAUGCUCAUGGUAGUAGUAGUAGUGAGCAUGCUUCAGAAGAAAAUGAAGCUUAUAGUAGUGGUACUGAAUACAUUCCAGAUACUCCCUCGGUUUCAUCAGAUUCUGGGAGCGAACCUGGCAACAGUUUUAUCCAAAAGACGACCAUUUAUGUAAUAAACAGGUAUAUUGUGAUGCCAGUUAAUUAUAAAUCUUACAACCCCGUAAGUCACAAAUAAUAUUGAUACACCAGGUGCUUUAGAAUACUAUCUGAAAUGAACAAAAUAUAAUUUAUAAAGAGCGGUUUUUGUGAGAGGAGCUUAAUGCAACAUGCCCUGCUACAAUUUUGAGUAUAUUAUAGAGAGAUCGAAAUUUUCAUAUGUUUGGCGCUAUGAUCGUUGUUUUGUCCAAUAAAAUGUGAGUUUUGAAGGUUAAAAAAAGCUAUAAUAAAUGUUUUGUUUCCAGGAAGAAAUAUCUGAUCCAUAUACUGAAAAAGUUACAUUUUCGGGCCGCACUGUUGAACCAAUUCUGCCAUCAGAAGAAAACCCUUCCAAUAAUUUUGGGAUAUAUAAACAGGAUGGUGAAAUGCGCAAGGGAAAGAAAAAGACAGAUUUCUGUUUCUUUUGCGAGACUCCAGUGUUAAAUUUUGCCAGACAUAUAACACGCAACCACCCAUCAGAAAUCGAAGUCCAAGAAAUUCUGCUACAUCCAACUCGUAGUAUAGUAAGAAAACAGCUCUUGGACCGUUUAAGAAAAAAGGGAAACUAUAUAAAUAGUAGUGUCGCGUGUAAGCCAGUCCAAAGUUUGCGCUCAGCAAAAGAUCUUUUGCCUUGCGAUAAUUGCCUUGGUUUUUACUCUAGAAAUUGUGUCUGCCCAAAAUUUAUUGGUAUCUAGCUUGAGAAUUGAUCUAAAUUUGAAAAAGACGGUUUUUCCCAGGAUGAGAGCGGAUGAAAUAUCUCUCGUUGCAAAAAGAGAUCCACUUAUUUGUGCUUAUGGAGCAAGGUACAUGAAAAUUCACCGAGAAAAGCAUUUCAUCAACGUAACAUCUAGGAAAAUGCGAGAAAUUGCUCGAUUUUUAAUCGAAAUAGAAAAAAUGGAGCCAAAUAUUCAUUGUCUCUUUGAUGCUCUGAAACCUAAAUAUUUUGAUACAAUUGUUGCUGCAACAAAAGCAGUGGCAAAAUAUGACGUAGAAAAGGAUAAAUUUGAAUCACCAACCUACGCUAUGAAUAUGGGCACGAAUCUGAAGCAAUGUGCGGAGAUAGCUAUUAUAUUUGCUCUGAAAAGGAAACAAAUCGCCUUAACAGUUUCAUCUGCUGAAGCAGAGGCAGAUUUAAAAACUUUGAUAAAAGUCAUUGAGUCACAAUGGCAAUAUGAGAUUUCUAGCCAGGCCGCCAGUGAUAUAAAUAUUAACAAGUGGAAUAAAGUUACCCUAGUGCCACUUGCCAGUGACUUAAAACUGUUCAAGGAAUUUUUGAUAACGACGGCAAAUUCUGCCGCAACUGCACUUCAGAACGACGGCGACGGGGACGUUAGCCAAUACGUACUUCUUUUGGAGUCUAUAUUCUGCCGUGUGAUUUUACUUAACCGAAGACGUCCAGGUGAACUGCAAAGACUGACACUGGACAAUUAUCAAAUAUUGGAGAAAAGCGAUUCCAGCUCAAAUUAUGAAGAGUUCUCCGAGGUUGUUUCUCCAACUGAACAAAUUCUACUCAAAAGAUUUAAAAGGAUAGUAAUAAGAGGUAAAAGGGGACGAGGAGUACCGGUUCUUUUUAGUCCCGACAUUCAAGGACACAUAAAUAUUUUAAUUAAAAUACGCAACAAAUUUGUUAGUGAAAAAACCCAUUCCUAUUCGGUAAUGCUAAAUCAAAUGAACCUAUAUGUGGUUAUAAGGUUCUGAAGAAAUUCGCACUGGCAUCUGGGGCAAAGAACCCAUCAGCUAUUACAGCAACUAGACUCCGGAAGCAUUUGGCUACUCUCACACAAUUAUUUGAUAUGUGUGAGAAUGAUUUGGAGCAGCUGGCUAGUUUUAUGGGACAUACCAUUGGCGUACAUCGGGAAAACUAUCGUUUACCAAAUGAUGUAUACCAAACAGCCAAGAUUUCAAAACUUCUGCUUUUAAUGGAAAAGGACAAGCUGCUCAGUUUAAAGGAAAAGCCCUGAAUGAUAUUAAUUUAAAUUUGGAAGAAGACUUGAUGCUUGCUAACGAAGAACAAAGCGAACGUUGUGAAUCGCCAUCUUUGCAUUCCGACGUUCCAGAACCGUACAGUUCAAAAAUUCCAGAGAAGAAAAAUGAAUAUCUUCCUAAGAAAAAUAAACGAGUACUCAUUAAGUGGACCGAUGAACAGAAAAAAAUUGUUAUAAAUUUUUUUGCAAAUCAUAUAAAAAACAGAAAACCACCGAAACGAAAUGAAUGCGAGGAAUUGAAAAGGCUCCAUACCGAAAUAUUCUCGAAUAAAGAUUGGCCGAAAAUUAAAGUAUUCGUCCAAAACCAGUAUCAUAAAUAUAAUAACAAAUGAAGGAAUUUUGUUUUACUUUUCAAGGGUUCCUAUGAGAACAGAUUCUGAUUUUAUUUUUGUAAGUGUUGUAUAACUAUUUUCUACACCUUACUUUUGCCUGUUCUUAUUUAAGAAUAAUAAAGUGUAUUCUAUGUAACAAGGUAUUUUUCUACAUCCAGCAUUUUCAUUCAUAAAAACUUAAUGCACUACCCCUUGUAUAAUGUAAUUUGUAAAACUUAUCAUGUGGUUAUAUCUGUUAUUCAUUUCGCUUUGCCUGGCUUCAUACUAAAAGCACAUGUAACGUCGUAGGAAAUAUAGGAAAAAAUGAAACACAGUGUGUCCCCAGAAAAAAAACUUUAUUCUUCUUUUGAUCCAUUUUAUUGUCAAAAUUAGCUUUCAAAAAGCAUAUAAUUUUAUUUUGAUAACCGCCAUGUGAUAAAACUCCAAACGCCAUCUACUGGUAAGACAUUUUCUGAUUCUUUAUUAACAACUUUUUAUUUACAAUUUUAUAUUACAACAAGGGCACUUACCUGCUUCAUGUCCAUUUGAUUUGAAGUUAAAACAAAAUCCUUUGUACCUCUUCUUAGGUGUCCGAUGUCUUCUUCCUUAUGGGGUUAUUACUGAUAGUCCACAUAUGGCUCUUGCGAAGCGUUUUUUCCU